AUGGGGGGUGCCUACUGGGCUCUAACGACCUUAUGGCUUCUAGGGAAUGUGUUUUUGAAGCGAGAGAAGGAACUCUGCGACUGGGUGUUGUCCAGCCAGCAUCAUGCAGGAGGAUUCGCACAGGGGCCUGGACAGGACCCUCACAUUACGAGCACGCACUACGCCCUUCUCCUGCUUGUUGGCAUGAACAAGCUUCAUCUGGUCGAUACAGAUAAAGUUGCGGCCUGGGUCAAAAGUUUACAGACUCCAGCGGGAGGAUUCAAGGGGGAUGAAUGGGGAGAGUGUGACACACGUUUCGCCUACUGCGGUGUAGCUUCUCUCACGCUUAUCGGUCAGCUCGACCGGAAAACAGCGGAAGGAACUGCGUUGUACGUGCAGAGAUGCAGAAAUUCUGACGGAGGCUUCGGGUGGAUACCUGGGGGAGAAUCUCAUGCCGCCUCUGUAUUCUGCUGCCUGGCUGCUCUAGCUCUAUGUGAGAGUCUUGGAUGCGUCGAUAAAGAGCAACUGGCUCUGUGGCUCAUUGAAAGACAAGUGGAGGGCGGCGGAUUCAAUGGCCGUCCAGAAAAAGCACCCGAUGUCUGUUACUCUUUCUGGAUUCUUGCUUCUUUGUGUAUUCUGGGAUACAUGGACUGGGUGGAUACCAAAGGUCUGACGGAAUUCAUUCUCCAAGCUCAAGAUGAGGAAGACGGUGGCAUAGCAGAUAGGCCAGGUGAUGUCAGUGAUGUGUUCCACACGUAUUUCGGGACUGCCGCACUCAGUCUAAUGCAGACAGUUCCGGGCAUACACAAAGUACAUCCGGUUCUGUCUCUACCUUGUGACGUUGUCAGGCGCUCUGAUCUCCCACAGUGUGUCUUGUGGGAGUGA